AAGGGACAUAUUCUUUCUCUUUCUUUAUAAAGGUGAAGAACACUUUGAAAUACAUAAAAGAAGUCAAACAAACAAUACCCAUUCAAUGUAUAAAAAAAUGGGGAAACGAGUAAAGCAUUUGAAAUAUUUAUACAUAAACUACGAAACUGGCGAAUGAUGCUUUCCAGAGCUGCGUGGUCCUGAAAUUCUCGAGUCCCACAUCGCUAUUUCUUAAUUUCCCCUCCUCUUCAACUCCUAUAAAUUCACCCUCUCAGCUCUCAACUCUCCAUUCAGUUUAAUACACAGUUCCCAUUUCUUCUUCCUUUUCCCUUUCCUUGUCCUUUUCUUCUGUAAAAGACUGCAAUGGCGGACAUGGGGAAAGUGGUUUCUUGCCCCACAGUUGGCUCAUGGAAGCAACAGUUCCUCAAAGCCAAACAACACAACAAACUGCUGGUUGUCAAUUUCACUGCAACAUGGUGCCGCCCGUGUCGUGCCAUGGCACCAGUGCUCGACGAGCUAGCAAAGAAAUCGUGUAAUAACGUGACAUUCUUGAAAGUCGAUGUUGAUAAACUCAUGAGUGUGGCCAAUGAGUUAGGAGUGGGCGCCCUUCCAUCGUUUCAAUUCUUCAAGAACGGACAGUUGGUGGACAAGUUCGUGGGCGCAAAGAAAGAUGUAUUGCUCAACAUCGUGUCUAAACAUAGCGCAUGAAGCUGGUCUUUUCAUCAGAGUUUGCUUUCGUAAAUAAACAACAAUGCUGCAAAGAAACAUGAAACGUUGUGCAACAUAUUUACACGUUUAUGUUCUAUGGAGAUGGUCAGUGAAUCUUUGUCAUGGCUAUCAACCAACCCUCUCUGGAUUAAUAAAUCUUUUUUUCUUCCAAA